GCAGUAUAUAAACUAGCUAGCUGUACGGUCUUCUUCAAACUGGGGCGUUUCGGUGUCCCGUGUGUUGAGACAGGUACUUUGUAAAGGGGUUAGUAGCUAAGGCAAGAGAGGGACAAAGAUACGUCGUUUUAGGACUCGGGAUUAGUACAGAACCAGUAUUUCCAAUCGGGACAGGUGGGAUCUUGACUUCGAACCGAUGGCGGAAACCAAGGGGAAGUUCGACUUUGCGAUCGACCGCGGAGGCACCUUUACGGACGUGUUCGCCCGCUGCCCGGACGGUCGGGAGAAGGUUCUCAAACUUCUGUCCCAUGAUCCCCAAAACUACAAGGACGCCCCGACGGAGGGGAUCCGCAGGGUGCUGGAGGAGGAGACUGGGCGGGCCUUUCCCCGUGAGCAGCCGGUGGACUCCUCCCUGAUUGGCUGGAUCCGAAUGGGCACGACGGUGGCGACCAAUGCCCUGCUGGAGAGGCAGGGGGAGAGGACGGCGCUGCUGAUCACCAGGGGGUUCCGCGACCUGCUGCACAUCGGGACCCAGGCUCGGCCGAGGCUGUUCGACCUGGACGUGACCUUACCUGAGCUCCUGUAUGAAGAUGUCAUUGAGGUGGACGAGAGGGUGGUUCUGCACCACGAGAACGGCUAUGUUCCAGGGAGAGAGCAGACAAAGAGCAAUGUCAUCGUCACAGGCUGCACUGGGGAUAAGUUGGAGGUGUGGCGUGAGGUGGACCUGCAGAGGCUGGAGCGUGACCUGAAGGGGGUGCUGUCGCGCGGGAUCUCCAGCCUGGCUGUCCUGCUGCUGCACUCCUACACCUGGGCGGCCCAUGAGCAGGAGGUAGGCUCCCUGGCCCGCAGAAUGGGGUUCACUCAGGUGUCCCUCUCCAGCGAGGUCAUGCCCAUGGUGCGGGUCGUGCCCCGGGGGCUCACUGUCUGCGCCGACGCCUACCUCACCCCCAAAAUCCGCCAGUACCUGCGCGGGUUCACCUCCAGCUUCAGGGGCGGGCUGAAGGAUGUGAACGUGCUGUUCAUGCAGUCUGACGGCGGUCUCACCCCCAUGGAUCGGUUCUGUGGGUCCCGGGCGGUGCUUUCGGGGCCGGCGGCGGGGGUGGUGGGGUACGCCCUCACCUCCUACAGCCAGGCGGAGAGCAAGCCCGUCAUCGGGUUCGACAUGGGGGGCACCUCCACGGACGUGAGUCGCUACGCGGGGCAGUACGAGCACGUCUUCGAGGCCAGCACGGCGGGGAUCACCCUGCAGGCCCCUCAGCUGGACAUCAACACGGUGGCGGCUGGCGGCGGCUCCCGACUCUUCUUCAGGUCGGGGAUGUUUGUGGUGGGGCCAGAAUCCGCAGGUGCCCACCCAGGACCUGCCUGUUACAGAAAGGGGGGCCCCCUCACCGUGACUGAUGCUAAUCUGGCCCUCGGCCGCCUGCUGCCCGCCUACUUCCCGCGGAUCUUCGGGCCCGGGGAGGACGAGCAUCUGUCCAGCGAGGACACCAUGAAGCGCUUCCGCCACCUCACCCGCGACAUCAACAGCUUCCUGGCCACCGGCCAAUCGUGCGGCAACAGCCACAAGGGCGACCACGGCAACAGCGGAAAGGCCCGUAGCAGCGAUGCGGACAUGAGCAUCGAGGAAGUGGCCAUGGGCUUCAUCCGGGUGGCGAACGAGACAAUGUGUCGGCCAAUCCGCGCCCUGACGCAGGCCAAGGGGCACGACACGUCUCAGCACGUGCUGGCCUGCUUCGGGGGAGCCGGGGGGCAACACGCCUGUGCCAUCGCCCGCGCCCUGGGCAUGAAGACCGUCUUCAUACACAAGUACAGCGGGUUGCUCUCGGCCUACGGCCUGGCCCUGGCUGAUGUGGUGGAGGAGGUGCAGGAGCCCUGCUCCCUGCAGUACGAGGUGCGCUGCUUCGCUGAGCUGGACAUGCGUGUGGAGCAGCUCACGCUGCGCUGCCAGGAGGAGCUGAGGAACCGCGGCUUCAGCAGCGCUCAGAUCAGCACCGAGGUCUUCCUCCACCUGCGCUACGAGGGCACCGACUGCGCCCUCAUGGUCACCGCCGCCGGUCACCCCGGCAACCCCCUCUCCUGCCAGACCGGUGACUUCCGCACCGCCUUCACCAAGAGGUACCUGAAGGAGUUCGGCUUCACCAUCCCGGACCGCACCAUCAUCGUGGACGACAUCCGGGUCAGGGGUUCUGGGAAAUCGGGAAUGAAGCCCAUGAUGCGCUCCCGCCUGGGCCGUGGACCCCCCAGGCCUGUCAAGGUGACCCAGUGUUACUUUGAGGACGGUUACCUGGAAACCAACGUGUACCUGUGGGACGAGCUGUCCUGCGACCACAGCAUUCAGGGCCCCGCCAUCAUCAUCGACAAGCACAGCACCAUCCUGGUCGAGCCCUGCUGUGUGGCUCAGAUGACAGCAGGGGGCGACAUGUGCAUCGCAGUGGGAUCGGAGCAGCAGCUGAGCAUGCUGGGAACUGAGCUGGACACUGUGCAGCUCUCCAUCUUCUCCCAUCGUUUCAUGAGCAUCGCUGAGCAGAUGGGCAGAGUGCUCCAGCGCACCUCCAUCUCCACCAACAUCAAGGAGCGUCUGGACUUCUCCUGCGCCGUGUUCGGGCCAGACGGGGGCCUGGUGUCCAACGCACCCCACAUCCCCGUGCACCUGGGGGCCAUGCAGGAGACCGUGCAGUACCAGAUCCGAGCGAUUGGGAGCGAUCUGAAGGAAGGAGACGUGAUCCUGAGUAAUCACCCCUCUGCUGGGGGCCACCUCCCUGACCUCACCGUCAUCACUCCAGUGUUCAGGAAGGGUGUCAAUGGGCCGGUGUUCUUCGUGGCCAGUAGGGGGCACCACGCCGACAUCGGCGGGAUCACCCCCGGCUCCAUGCCCCCGCAUUCUACCUCCCUGCAGCAGGAGGGCGCCGUCUUCACCUCCUUCAAACUGGUCACAUCCGGAAUCUUCCAAGAGGAGGCUGUAACCGCCGCCUUCCUGGCGCCCGCCCAGUACCCAGGAUGCUCUGCGACACGCAAUCUCCGUGACAACCUGUCGGACCUGCGUGCACAGGUGGCGGCGAAUCAGAAAGGCUGCCAGCUGGUGGAGGAGUUGAUUGACACCUACGGGCUGGCUGUGGUGCAGGCCUACAUGGGCCACAUUCAGAGUAACGCAGAGCUGGCAGUGAGGGACAUGCUGAGGGACUUCGCUCGUCGCCGCAGGCAGGAGAAGGGCUGCCUGGACGUGCAGUCGGAGGAUCAGAUGGACGACGGCACUCUGAUCAAACUGAGGGUUCAGAUCAACGAGGAGGAGGGCACGGCUGUGUUCGAUUUUUCGGGAACAGGAACAGAAGUUUGGGGAAACUGUAACGCCCCUCGCGCCAUCACCCUCUCCGCUCUGAUCUACUGCCUGCGUUGCAUGGUGGGACAGGACAUCCCCCUCAACCAGGGCUGCCUCAGCCCCAUCAAAGUCAUCAUUCCCACCGGCUCCAUUCUCCAGCCGUCCCAGAACGCCGCGGUGGUGGGCGGCAACGUGCUGACAUCACAGCGGGUGGUGGAUGUCAUAUUCCGUGCCUUCGAGGUGUGCGCGGCCUCACAGGGCUGCAUGAACAACGUGUCAUUCGGCAGUGACCGGGUGGGUUACUAUGAGACUGUUGCUGGGGGCACCGGGGCGGGGCCCGGCUGGCAUGGCCGCAGCGGUGUCCACAGUCACAUGACCAACACGCGCAUCACCGACCCGGAGAUCCUGGAGAAGAGGUACCCGGUGAUUCUGGAGCAGUUCUCCCUGCGCCCCGGGUCGGGGGGGGAGGGGAGGUUCCGGGGGGGUGAUGGGGUGGUGCGGAAGAUGCUCUUCCGGGACAGGAUGGUCCUGUCCGUCCUGUCGGAGAGGCGCUCCACGCGCCCCUACGGUCUCCACGGUGGGGAGGCUGGGGCGGCGGGGCUGAAUCUGCUCCAAAGAGCUGACGGCAGAGUCGUCAACCUGGGGUCGUCUGUCUGUCUGUCCGUCCGUCCUCAGGACAUAUUCUGUCUGUACACCCCGGGUGGAGGGGGUUAUGGGAUGGUGGAUUCGGACCAAGAGGAAGGGAACGGGAGCGCCCCGCCGAUGAAGCGGAAGCGGGCGUGUGAGGCCAUGGAGCGCGGGAGCGUGUUCGAGUACCGCAAGGCGCAGGAGAGCGUGUAGGACAGGGUGAGAGAGAGAGAGAGUUAGGCAUAGAGAGCGCCCCUUUGCUGUCCUGGGGCAUUUUUAAAGUCCCUCUUUUUUUGAUUUCCUAGAUUUGUUUUUCAAAAAAAGUCAUAAACCGCAUCAUUGUAGAACAAAAAUAAAUUCGUUUUCAAAUAA